GAACGCUGGUUGCUGCUUAAGAAAAAGUGAUCCACAGUGUUCCUGACGUCCAGGUUGAGGAAGUCUGAAGUUUAGGUGUUUGAUUCACACAUUUCUUUCAGAUCUGGUUUACCGUAGGUCGACACGAUGUCCGGCGGUCCCCAUAAUGCUAAGGAGGCCAUGAAUAUAUACUGUAUAACCCUCAACGGCCCGGCACCAUGGGGCUUCAGACUUCAGGGGGGGAAGGACUUCAGCAUGCCCCUGACUGUGUCCAGGCUGACCCCCGGGGGUAAGGCCGCCCAGGCCGGUGUGGGCGUGGGAGAUUGGGUGGUGUCCAUCGGAGAGACCAACGCAGAAGACAUGACCCAUGUGGAGGCACAGAACAAGAUCAGAGCAGCAGAGGAGUCUCUCACCCUCACCCUCAGCAAAGCUUUCCAUGCGGGUGGCGAUCAGAAGGAUUCACUCGCCCCCGCCUCGGUUCAGCCCAAAUACUCCUUCGCCCCCAGCACCGCUAUCAACAAGAUGGCGCGACCAUUCACGCCGGGUGGCGGCAACACGGUCAUUAAGCCAGUGACAUACGCCCCUAAAGUAAACACCCCGGCCUCAGCGCCCCCCGCCAGCAUGCUACAGCCACACAACGGCGUCAAGGCCUCUCUGUCACCUGCUAAGGCCCAGACCCAGACAGCAGACAAACCUGACGCCUCUAAGACUUCAGCUACAGUCACGGCUGGUCCUCUGGUACGUCCUCCGUGGGUGACCGACCCAGGGUUCGCUGACCGUUACGCCCCAGACAAGACCAGUACGGUCCUGACCCAGCACAGGCAGCCGGCCCAGCCGACGCCCAUGCAGAACCGCUCCUCGAUCCUACAGGCGGCUCAGCAGGCACCCGAGGACAGCGGAAGGACCCCUCUCUGUGGAGCCUGCAACAAGAUCAUUAGGGGCCGGUACCUGGUGGCUCUGGGUCAGUCCUGGCACCCAGAAGAGUUCCAGUGUUCCCAGUGUAAGGUGAUGUUAGAUGAGGGAGGAUUCUUCGAGGAGAAAGGCUCAGUCUUCUGCUCCAAGUGUUAUGAUAACCGCUACGCUCCCAACUGUGCCAAAUGCAAGAAGACGAUCGUAGGGGAUAUCAUGCAUGCUCUGAAGAUGACCUACCAUGUCCAGUGUUUCAUGUGUGCUGCGUGUAAGAGCCCCAUCAGAAACCAGGCCUUCUAUAUGGAGGAGGGAGAACCUUACUGUGAGAGAGAUUAUGAGAAGAUGUUUGGUACUAAGUGUCAUGGCUGUGACUUUAAGAUCGAUGCUGGGGACCGCUUCCUAGAGGCCUUGGGAUACAGUUGGCACGACACCUGCUUUGUCUGCGCUUUCUGCCAGAUCAACCUGGAAGGAAAGACCUUCUACUCUAAGAAGGAUAAGCCGCUGUGUAAAGGCCAUGCCUUCACUCCCGUCUGAGAGGGAGAGAGGUGGUUCAGACAGGAGACCUUCACCAUUCUCUGAACCCUGAAGACCUGUAGAGUGGCCAGUUAAUCGCCACUCCACUGCAAACCAGACAGCAUCAGUGCAUCAGAUCCUCACUUAUCGCUCAGCUACAGAUAGAUUCAGCUGCACCUCAUCCUUCAACUUCUAUCCCUGGACUUUCCAAAUGCAUCCUGUACUGGCUCCUUUCACGAAGAGCUAAAGGAAUGUGAAUGUUAACCUUUCUGACCUUAACCACCGAGUUUCUCUACUGUUGUUACUCAUAGCAGGUUACUCUAGUAUCAAAUGUAAUGGUAUAACGAAGUGAGACAUUUUUAGUAUUGUGUGUAGUGUUAUUACAAACGGAGUCAUUUCAAGCCUUCGCUCCUCUAACUCUAACUCUGCGUAUUGUCAGUGAAUAUAUAUAUAUAUAUAUAUUAUAUAUAUAUAUAUAAUGUCAUUCUUCCCUCUGUGAUUGUGGUGAUCGCCAUCUGUUGUUCACAGGUCAUCCUGUACUCCAGUGUGUGUGAUGGUGUUUGGGAAUUGCCUAUUCGUCUGGUGAAAUGUCAGGCUCAGCCCCUUCUAAUCUCAACCUCGUUCAUUUCACUUUUAAGUGCCUUUUUAAAAAAAAAAAAAAACAUUUUUUAAGUUGAACCAACCAUUUAGUGUGUCAUUUUCUGAGAUGUUACAUUAACUGUCGCUGCACCACCGUCCUCAUUUACAGUCUCUGGUCCGUUCGACAACCCUUUGGUUACUGCAGUAAUUAAGGUGAUUUUAAUGGGGAUCCUUACUCCAGUACUUCAGGUGAUGUACGGGGUAACCUUACUCCAGUAAUUAAGGUGUACGGGAUAACCUUACUCCAGUAAUUAAGGCGAUUUUAAUGGGGAUCCUUACUCCAGUACUUCAGGUGAUUUUAAUGGGGACCCUUACUCCAGUACUUCAGGUGAUUUUAAUGGGGACCCUUACUCCAGUACUUCAGGUGAUUUUAAUGGGGACCCUUACUCCAGUAAUUCAGGUGAUUUUAAUGGGGACCCUUACUGCAGUUUUUAAGGUGAUUUUUAAUGGGGACCCUUACUCCAGUAAUUAAGGUGAUUUUAAUGGGGACCCUUACUGCAGUACUUAAGGUGAUUUUAAUGGGGACCCUUACUCCAGUACUUAAGGUGAUUUUAAUGGGGACCCUUACUCCAGUACUUAAGGUGAUUUUAAUGGGGACCCUUACUGCAGUACUUAAGGUGAUUUUAAUGGGGACCCUUACUGCAGUACUUAAGGUGAUUUUAAUGGGGACCCUUACUGCAGUACUUAAGGUGAUUUUAAUGGGGAACCUUACUCCAGUACUUAAGGUGAUUUUAAUGGGGACCCUUACUCCAGUACUUCAGGUGAUUUUAAUGGGGACCCUUACUCCAGUACUUCAGGUGAUUUUAAUGGGGACCCUUACUCCAGUACUUCAGGUGAUUUUAAUGGGGACCCUUACUGCAGUUUUUAAGGUGAUUUUUAAUGGGGACCCUUACUCCAGUACUUAAGGUGAUUUUAAUGGGGAACCUUACUGCAGUACUUAAGGUGAUUUUAAUGGGGACCCUUACUCCAGUACUUCAGGUGAUUUUAAUGGGGACCCUUACUCCAGUACUUAAGGUGAUUUUAAUGGGGAACCUUACUCCAGUACUUAAGGUGAUUUUAAUGGGGACCCUUACUGCAGUACUUAAGGUGAUUUUAAUGGGGACCCUUACUCCAGUACUUCAGGUGAUUUUAAUGGGGACCCUUACUCCAGUAAUUCAGGUGAUUUUAAUGGGGACCCUUACUCCAGUACUUCAGGUGAUUUUAAUGGGGACCCUUACUCCAGUAAUUCAGGUGAUUUUAAUGGGGAACCUUACUGCAGUACUUAAGGUGAUUUUAAUGGGGACCCUUACUGCAGUACUUAAGGUGAUUUUAAUGGGGACCCUUACUCCAGUACUUAAGGUGAUUUUAAUGGGGAACCUUACUGCAGUACUUAAGGUGAUUUUAAUGGGGACCCUUACUGCAGUACUUAAGGUGAUUUUAAUGGGGACCCUUACUCCAGUACUUAAGGUGAUUUUAAUGGGGACCCUUACUCCAGUACUUCAGGUGAUUUUAAUGGGGACCCUUACUCCAGUACUUCAGGUGAUUUUAAUGGGGACCCUUACUGCAGUUUUUAAGGUGAUUUUUAAUGGGGACCCUUACUGCAGUACUUAAGGUGAUUUUAAUGGGGACCCUUACUGCAGUACUUAAGGUGAGUUUAAUGGGGACCCUUACUCCAGUACUUAAGGUAAUGUAUGGGGUAACCUUACUCCAGUACUUAAGGUGAUUUUAAUGGGGACCCUUACUCCAGUACUUAAGGUAAUGUAUGGGGCAACCUUACUCCAGUACUUAAGGUGAUUUUAAUGGGGACCCUUACUCCAGUACUUAACGUGAUUUUAAUGGGGACCCUUACUCCAGUACUUAAGGUAAUGUACGGGGCAACCUUACUGCAGUAAUUAAGGUAAUAGGAACUCAGUCAUGUGGAACUAGUUACUGUACUUACUGUAAUACUCUCCCUUGUGUGCGUUCCAAAUGGCGCACCCUAUUCCUUAUAUAGUGCACUCACAUUUGUAUGGGCUCUGGUAAAAAACACUAGUGCACUAUAAAUGAAAUAGGGAGUCCCUUCGGGACACAGCCCAUAUUGCACUAGUCACUAUAAAAACUGUCCGACACUCCAUAUUGACCCCAGGGACCCAGAAUGCACCACUUCACAUCAGCUGUGUUAUUAAUUGAGUAAUGUAAAUCAGAAUAGUACACCAUAAAAAAAGGAGUAGCGUUUUGAAGCAACACUAUCAAUGUACAGCAUAUGGAAUUAAACGCUGUUUACAGGGCUGGGAGUCAAAUGCAGUUUCAACUGUGGCUCUUGAAUGGAGGAUAAUCUUAUAGCCAAUUAUAUUCUAGAACGUUCUAAAUUCAGUUGGAAUUGACCCCAACUCUGUGAAGGGAUUUGUAGUCGUUUUGUUGUCCUGGGAUUUGUAGUCGUUGUGUUGUCCUGGGAUUGGUAGUCGUUGUGUUGUCCUGGGAUUUGUAGUCGUUGUGUUGUCCUGGGAUUUGUAGUCGUUGUUGUCUUGGGAUUGGUAGUCGUUGUGUUGUCUUGGGAUUGGUAGUCGUUGUGUUGUCUUGGGAUUGGUAGUCGUUGUGUUGUCUUGGGAUUGGUAGUCGUUGUGUUGUCUUGGGAUUGGUAGUCGUUGUGUUGUCUUGGGAUUGGUAGUCGUUGUGUUGUCUUGGGAUUGGUAGUCGUUGUGUUGUCUUGGGAUUGGUAGUCGUUGUGUUGUCUUGGGAUUGGUAGUCGUUGUGUUGUCUUGGGAUUGGUAGUCGUUGUGUUGUCUUGGGAUUGGUAGUCGUUGUGUUGUCUUGGGAUUGGUAGUUGUUGUGUUGUCUUGGGAUUGGUAGUCGUUGUGUUGUCUUGGGAUUGGUAGUCGUUGUGUUGUCUUGGGAUUGGUAGUCGUUGUGUUGUCUUGGGAUUGGUAGUCGUUGUGUUGUCUUGGGAUUGGUAGUCGUUGUGUUGUCUUGGGAUUGGUAGUCCUUGUGUUGUCUUGGGAUUGGUAGUCCUUGUGUUGUCUUGGGAUUGGUAGUCCUUGUGUUGUCUUGGGAUUGGUAGUCCUUGUGUUGUCUUGGGAUUGGUAGUCGUUGUGUUGUCUUGGGAUUGGUAGUCGUUGUGUUAUCCUGGGAUUUGUAGUCCAUUGUGUUGUCCUGGGAUUGGUAGUCCAUUGUGUUGUCCUGGGAUUGGUAGUCGUUGUGUUAUCCUGGGAUUUGUAGUCCAUUGUGUUGUCCUGGGAUUGGUAGUCCAUUGUGUUGUCCUGGGAUUGGUAGUCCAUUGUGUUAUCCUGGGAUUUGUAGUCCAUUGUGUUGUCCUGGGAUUGGUAGUCCAUUGUGUUGUCCUGGGAUUGGUAGUCGUUGUGUUAUCCUGGGAUUUGUAGUCCAUUGUGUUGUCCUGGGAUUGGUAGUCAUUCUACAGAAGUGACUGUAUGUAUUGGACCAAAUACUGUAUGGUCUAGGGUUCUAUUCAAUCCGAAUCCCGGAGGUGCAGCGUGAUUGUUCCCGCGUGGGACGGAGACUGCAUUCCUGGUAAAUGAUGUCGGCUCAAUCCACAAAUUUACAUUCAGAGCGAGCAAUCUGUAUAAUGUCAAACGACACAUUGAAUAGAGCUCAUGUCUCACAAGAGACCUGUAAGUAAGUACACUGAACAAAAAUAUAAAUGGUUUAAUAUACUGAACAAAAAUAUAAACGCAACAAUUUUAAAGAUUUUUCUGAGUUCCAGUUAAUAGAAGGAAAUCAGUCAAUUGAAAUAAAUUAAUUAGGCCCUAAUCUAUGGAUUACACAGGACUGGGCAGAGGCACAGCCUUGUUUGGGGCUUUAUUUAAGACAAAUACUCCUCAGUUUCAUCAGCUGUCAGGGUGGCUGGUCUCAGACGUUCCUGCAGGUGAAGAAGCUGGAUGUGGAGGUCCUUGGCUGGUUGGUUGGACGUACUGCCAAAUCUUCAUAAAACGACGUUGGAGGCGGCUUAUGGUAGAGAAAUUAACAUUAAAUUCUCUGGCAACAGCUCUGGUGAAAGUUCCUGCAGUCAACAUGCCAAUUACACGCUCCAUUGUGUUGUGGGACGAAACGGCAUUUCAGAGUGGCCUUUUAUUGUCCCCAGCACAAGGUGCACCUGUGUAAUGAUCAUGCUGUUUAAGCAGCUUAUUGAUAUGCCACACCUGUCAGGUGGAUGGAUUAUCUCGGCAUUGGAGAAAUGCUCACUAAACAGGGAUGUAAACACAUUUGUGCACAAAAUUAGAGAGAGAGAAGCUUUUUUGUAAGUAUGGAACAUUUCUGGGAUAUUUUAUUUCAACUCAUGAAUCCUGGGACACUAUACAUGUUACGUUCAUAAUUUUUGUUCAGUAUAUUUAUGUAAUGGGUGUGUUUGAAAGGACUGUGUGUUUUGAAACCUAAUUAUUUUGUAAUGUACUGUGUUCGCUGACUAGUGAGAUUGGUUCACUUCUGAUAUGUACUCAUUUCUACUUUUGUACGUCAACCUCUGCUCCAAGAACAAUGGGAUUAUAAUAACAGAUAUACUAACAAAUAUAUAUGUAUUUUACUAUUUGUUUUAUAUUAAAGUAUUGUAUACCAAGUGCCUUCUCAAGCUUUACACACACUGAGCUUUAAAAUAAUUCUUAAAUUCGAACGAAAAACUGCUGUAUUCAUUUGUGUACACGCUAGAGAUGUUUUUAGCGAAAUAAUUGAUAUCUUUGAUCAAGGAUUUGGUAUCAGAACCAGUCAAUCAAUAAAACAUGUCUGUAUUCUUCCA